AAUUCUUCUUCUUCUUCGUAUCCAAAGCUUUUUGGGCAUGGCUCCGACUUUUAGUUUUGUGUUCUUGGUAGUUGCAUUAUUGAGUUCUUGUCAUGCCGAAGACGAGCAAGUUAGAAUACUGUUAGACAUGAAGAGGAGGCUCCAAGAUCCAACAAAUGCUUUGUACAACUGGGACACUUCUUCUACUUCUCCUUGCCACUGGAAUGGAAUCACCUGCAACAAUGCAAGUUUAGUUACUGCUAUUAAUCUAGACAAUACAGGGCUAAUAGGUCCUAUUUCUUCAUCUAUCUGUGGGCUCGGUGCCUUGAAAGCUAUUCAGCUGGGUGAAAAUUCUCUGUAUGGAAGCAUUGCAGAUGUGUUUUGGAAGAACUGCAGUCAGUUGGAAAUAUUGAAUCUCACAACCAAUUCAUUGACGGGAUCUCUGCCAGAUUUCUCUGUUCUGAGCUCGCUGCAGGUUCUGGACUUGUCAAAGAACAAUUUUUCUGGUAAAUUUCCUCUUUCUGUCACAAAGUUGUUUAAUUUGCAUUCUUUAGAUUUGAAUGACAAUCCUCUAGAUCCCAAUAUCAUACCCGAAGAGAUAUACAGUUUGAAAGGCCUGAAUAUUCUGUGUUUGUCCAACAUUAGCUUGUUGGGAACCAUUUCACCAUCCAUUGGUAACCUUACAGAGCUGGUAAAGCUAGAACUUUCUUACAACUACUUAAAUGGAACUAUACCAAAAGAAAUUACAAGGCUUUCCAAACUUUAUCAGUUGGAGCUGUACAAUAAUUAUCUUGCUGGAGAGAUUCCUUCAGGUUUUGGAAACCUCACUUUGCUGCAGAAUUUUGACGCCUCCUUAAAUUUUCUCAAUGGUAGUCUCUCUGAGCUUGCAAGCUUGAAAAACUUGGUCUCUCUUCAUCUCUAUGAAAACCAAUUUUCUGGGUCAAUACCCGAUGAGUUUGGGGAGUUCGAGCAUCUCAGGGAGUUGUCACUGUACCUUAACAGUCUUACUGGGCCGGUUCCCCAGAAGCUGGGGAGCUUGUCAGAUUUCAGUGCCAUGGAUAUAUCAGAGAAUCUUCUCACUGGUCCUCUGCCUCCAGAUGUCUGUAAAAGAGGAAAAUUGGCAUUCCUCCUCGCUCUCCAAAACUCUUUCACAGGAGGAAUUCCUGAAUCAUAUGGGAAUUGUUCCACUCUGGACCGCUUUCGAAUCGGCAGUAACAGUCUCAGUGGUACAGUCCCCCCGGCUAUCUGGGGAUUGCCUCACGCUUACAUAAUUGAUCUAAGUGAUAAUAACUUUGAGGGUGAAAUAAGCAGAGAUAUAGAAAAUGCAAAGAAUCUUUCUGUUUUCAUCAUCCAAAACAAUAAGUUCUCAGGAAGCAUACCAGAUACAUUUAAGCUCUGCACGAAUCUCUCUGUAAUUAACCUUGCAGGAAAUCAACUGAAUGGCUCCAUUCCUACAGAAAUUGGACAACUAUUGCUCUUGCGCGAAAUGGAUGCAAGCAAUAAUAAGUUGUCCGGAGAGCUACCUAAUGGAAUAGGAGGUUUGACUAUGCUCAGUUUCCUGCUUUUGCAGCAAAACAUGCUUUCUGGUCCAGUACCAGAUACAUUUAAGCUCUGCACGAAUCUCUCUGUAAUUAACCUUGCAAAAAAUAAACUGAAUGGUUCCAUUCCUCAAUCGUUUGGAUCCAUACAGGUUCUCAACACUCUGAAUCUCUCCAAUAAUCAAUUCAGUGGUCAGAUUCCAAAACCCCUUUCUGCAUUGCAACUAACCCUACUGGAUUUUUCCAACAAUCAGUUAACAGGGCCAGUGCCAACACAGCUGAUUAGUCAUGGAAGCCAGAAUAAGUUUUCUGGAAAUAAGGGGCUUUGUGUGAAUGAAUAUGAAGGCAAUUCAAUUUCUCUAAGCCCGUGUGCUGCUGCUGGUUCUUCUUCUAUAGGAGGAUCUCAUGCCGGAAUCCUAAUUGUAAGCUUCACCUCUCUAGCUGCAGUGAUCAUUUUUGUAAUAGGUUGGGUUUUAUACAAAAAAAGGAACAAAGAACCUGAAUCUCAGGAAUCUUGGGAUCUCAAAUCCUUUCACAGGGUUAGAUUCACCCACCAUGACAUUCUUCGUUGCCUAAAGGACGAGAACAGAAUAGGCAGUGGCGGGUCUGGAAAGGUCUACAAAGGAGAAUUAAGCAAUGGGGAAAAAAUUGCAGUGAAGCAGAUUUGGAAUAGCAACACUGCGAAAUUCAAUCAUUCAAGAGAGGAAACGUUGAGAAACCGCCAAUUUGAGAUGGAGGUGGAAACAUUGGGAUGCAUCAGGCACAGAAAUAUAGUGAAUCUGUAUUGCUGCUUGUCCAGCAAACACUCAAAUCUCAUUGUUUAUGAAUACAUGAAAAAUGGCAGUUUGUGGAACAGAUUGCAUAAGGAGAAUAGGGGUUCAACAUUAGAUUGGCAGACACGCUAUAAAAUAUCUCUGGGAACAGCUCAUGGGCUGGCCUACCUGCAUCAUGACUGUGUUCCUGCUAUUGUUCACAGAGACGUCAAAUCCAGUAACAUAUUGUUGGAUGAAGACAUGGAGCCAUGUUUAGCUGAUUUUGGUGUUGCCAAAUGCCUUCAAGCGAGUGGAAAGGGGAAUUCUACAGCCGUCAUAGCAGGCACCCAUGGCUACAUUGCUCCAGAAUAUGCAUACACAUAUAGAGUGAGCGAGAAAAGCGAUGUGUACAGCUUUGGGGUUGUGCUGAUGGAGCUUGUGACUGGCAAGCAUCCCUUGGAAGUUGAAUUUGGAGAGAACAGGGUAAUUGUUGAUUGGGUCUCUGACAAAUAUUUCUCCAGAGAGAGUGCAGUUGAAGUGUUGGAUGAGAGGGUUUCUAAAUUUUGCGAGGAAGGGAUGAUGAAGGUGCUUAAAAUUUCAGUGUUGUGUACGAGCAAUGUUCCUGCACAGAGGCCUUGUAUGAGAGAAGUGGUACAAAUGUUGUUGGAAGCACAUCCCUGCUUCAAAUCCACUCAACAUCUUGUUAAUACAUCACUUCUCCGUUAGAUGUAAAAUAAUUUUAUAUGCCAACCAAAUUGAAUUGUUUUUCAGGAAUACGCAGAGCUCAGGAUCAAAUUACAUGCAAUCAAGGCCUGGAAUUUUGCUAAUGGCGAAUGGGUUAACCGUGGCAAAUCAAAGACUAAUGCAUUGUCUUUUCAGUCUUGUAAUUCAAUGACCGACAAAUAUGGUCCCAUGUGCGUUCGACGACAUAAAACUUUUGCAGCGUAGAAAUUUUUAGUCGUGUUCUCAAUGUGUAGGAAUUUAUGGUCGCGUUCUCACUAGGUAACAAAAUGUCGAUGAAUGUUAUUCUUCUCUACGUACAUAUCGCUUCGUCACAUUUAUCAAUCACUUCGACCUCA